AUGGUUUCCAUUCCCAUCUCAGCGAACUUCCCAGAGUCGGUUGUGGACAAUCUCCCCGCUGACAUUAGCACAGGUAUCUAUUACGGAUGGGCACGCGUGGAUAACGGAGACAUUCACAAGAUGGUGAUGAGCAUCGGCUGGAACCCUUACUACAAAAACACUAAGAAAUCCAUGGAAACGCAUGUGAUCCACACUUUUAAGGAAGAUUUCUACGGUCAGAUGUUGAGUGUGGCCAUGGUCGGCUACAUUCGCCCUGAGAGAGGAUUCAAAUCACUUGACGAGUUGAUAGCAGCGAUUCAUAGUGACAUUGAGGAGGUGAAGAUAAAGCUGGACCUGCCUGAGCACUUAAAACUGAAAGAGCAACAUUUCUUCAAGACGCCAGUAUCGACAACAGCCAAUCAGAUCUUGAACGGUCAUCGACUGUAACAUUCACUUUCACCAUCACCUAUUUAAAGCCUGUUUAUUACAUAUGCAGUUUGUUGAUUUCUUUGUUAAAAAGAUUUCUGUCCCCAUGUGGUGCUUUGGUCAAGUGCAGGCAUUAUAUGUAUUUGUUCAUACAGUAUCAUCACGUAGCCCUUUUGUUUCUCUAUUUAUCGCAAAAAGGAGGAUUCGGGUUACUUACUGGUGAAUGAUCACUGCAGUUCACAGGGUAAACGACACAGAGCCCUAACCAGAAUUCAGUGAUUGCCACGGAUGAUACUAUGUGAGAGUCGGGGAUUGUCAAAAUCUCUUCUUUCUAGUGAAAUUCCUCUUUAGAUGGAGAGUUCUUCCUCCACCUUCACUUUAAUUUCAUUUUUGUUUAAGGAAGACACUCUUUACAUGAAUAAAGCACUUUAACAAUAGUCAAAAUUGGCGUUCCUCCUCUUUGAGAUGAAAUGAAUGCUUUUUAUGGUUCUCAGAGAACUGUGCCCAGAGGGGGAAGUGCAAGGUUGAGAUAAAGAGAGUUAUAAAGCCCAGGUUGUUUGUAAUAUGAGUGCAAAACCGGGCAGACGGAGAACAAACAGUGACUGAAGACAAAUGUAAAUGGUCUUUUAAAUAUUUAAAUGUGUACAGAAGCUCUGCAUUGCAAACACUUGCUACUGUGUACACAUGUAUUACUAAACCUUAACCUAAAAUAACUUUUUUUUUUUUAACUCUUUUUACUUUUACUCUGAAACAUUUAGUAGAGUUUUACAUUUGUAAAGACACUCAAGAGUCAGGUUAGAUCAUGUAGGUUUAUAAAUGAUCUUCUGAUUUACCUUAUUUCUCCAUGUUGUGUUCUUGUUGAACUGAUGCUUGAAACAUGUGCUGCUGGUUUAGUGUUAAACUGCAGCAAUCCUCUGUACAGGUGCGGUCACGUUAUUAGUGAAAUUUCAUGGGCAUAAGAAAUGUUAAUUAAUUAUCAGUAGUGUAGGGAUGUAUGUUUACACAGAAAUCGGUUUCAAAUCAAAUUUUCGGCUCUUUCUGUUGGUCAGAGCGGCGAAUGUGUGUCUGUGGACUGUUGGAUUUCGCCCGCGAAAAUUCGCUGAAUGGAAAAUGUGAUCGCACCUUAAUGUAGGAAUUAAUAGUAAAACGUUACUCUUUAAAACCUGUUUGUUAAUGCUGUUAUCUUCACAAUCUAUAUUCGUCAGACUGGGCCUUUUAUUGUUGGACCGCUGCUUCUGUAUAUGUUUGAGUACUGUUUGCAUUUGUUUUCGGUUUCUUUUUUUCUUCUUACUUUUUUUUUUUUUGUAGGUCAGGGCAGUGCCUUAAGUAUGUGAAAUCAGACAUAUUAAUAUACAGUGCACAACCAAGCAUUCCUUCAAUGCCAGACACCUGCUUGUAAGCAUUAAACAAAAAUGCCUUGUAUUUUACUGUUGUCUUAUGUUGUUGUGAAAAUGCUUUUAUGAUGUCAUAAAUAAUUGAGAAGGGAAAUGAGAACUGGAAAUAAAUCUCAUCUAGUUCUGAAUCAGUGGUAAUAAAUUCUCUGUUCAU